AUGUCGAGAAACAAUAAUGCCGGACAGAGGAAGAGGGUCUUGAUCGUUGGUGCGGGUGCGGCUGGCAUGUCUUGCGCCGAUGGGUUAAGUCAUCAUCCUGAUAAAUUCGAAGUUACUAUCAUUGACGCACAAGCAUAUUGUGGUGGCCAAGCAUUUUCUAUACCAAUAGAUGAAAAACAUGGAGCUAAUUGGAUGAAUCAAGGAGUUCAAGGUGGAUCAUAUAUAUAUCAACAUACAUUUCAUCAUUUUCGUAAAUGUGGAUAUGAAGAAGAACCUGUCGAAUUACAAGUAUCAUUUGGAAAAGGUGACAAAUUCUGGACAAAUCUAUUCCCUACAAAAUUAGUUGAUUCACACGCCAAUGAUAUCAAAAGGUUUAAUAGAUUUUUGAAAUUGGUUAGAUGGACAGAAGCUUUUUGGGCUUUAAUCCCAAUCAAAAUAAGUUGUAAAUUAGCUGGUUUAUCAGAUGAAUUUUUAGAUUAUAUGUUAUUCCCUUCCCUUGCUUUAUUCUUGGGAACCGGUAAUGCUACUCCUCAAUUACCAACUGUAAUGAUGGAAAGAUUAUAUACUUCACCAACAUACGGAAUGUGGUAUCCUCAUGAUCCUAAGUCAAUGUCAUCUAAUUUACCUCCAAUGGUAGUCUUCCCUGAGAGUAGUGAAUUCUACAAAACUUGGCAAGGUAAAUUAGAACAGAGGGGAGUCACUUUCAGACUGAACACCGAAUUAGUCUCUAUACCUGCAAGAACACCUAAAGUGAAAGUUGUAUUGAGACCAAGAAGACAAGAAGAAGAUUUGCACAAUACAGUGGGAGCAGAUCAAGAUUUACCUACUUCACAAGAAACUUUCGAUGAAAUUGUCAUUUGUACCUUGGCAGACACCGCUAAAAGAGUACUGGGUAAGGAAGCGACUAUGAGAGAAAAAUUCGUUUUGGGAAGUACGAAAUGGAGUGAUGAUAUCACCGUUACCCAUACUGAUAUCGAUUAUAUUAAGAAAUAUUACACAAUCGAAUAUGAUCCCGAACAAGCUGUCAACAAAGUGAAUGGUAGGGAUGAUACUGCAAGAGUACAAAAAGGAUCAGAGGGAUUUGAGCCAAUGUACAUGAUCAAACAAGUUCCACAAAAUGCUAGACUUCUCGAAAUGUGUUUCGAUUGUACAAACUUCCAAUAUCAACUUGACAAAAAAUUACCACUUGAUAAACAUGUUUUCCAAACCAUAUUCCUGAACAAGAAAGAUCAACAUACAUGGACAAAAGAUGAGAUCAAGAAAGAAUGCAUCAUUCGAGAAGAUUGGUGGCAUCAAUUGAUGCAUGAAUGGACUCAUUACCUAUUCGUGGUUCCAUUCAUUUGGUUGUUGAAUCGAAAUUACAACCAUACUACCUAUGCAGCUGCGUGGACUCUGGUCAAUGCUCAUGAAGUCGCUGUCAUCUCAGGUACUGCGGCCGCAUACAAAUUAGGAGCGGAUUAUCCUGAAGAUUUAUUCCACAACGAUUUCGCCAGAAAAUCAUUUAGGAGUUAUCUAUUCUUGACUCACGGUAAAUGGUUAUCUUCCAAGAGAAUCAGGAAAUCCAGCAUAUCAAAUUAUUCCGAUUAG